GUAAAAAAAGAAAACUAAUAUGGCGCAAUCCAUUCUUGAUUAAUGUAUUGACCGGGUAAUCUAUUGUGCUGUUUUUCUAAUAAAAAAUUCGAGUUUUUAUUAUUUGAUUUUCAACAAUAGUAUCUAAACAUGAUUCCAUUUAGGUUGUAUAAUUCUAUUAGAAGUUUUUCAACGACUGCUGAUAAGAUUGCUAACCUCGUUAAGAAAAACAAAGUUGUGGUGUUCAUGAAAGGUAUCCCAGACAGUCCCAAGUGUGGUUUUAGCAAUGCUGUUGUACAAAUAUUGAAGAUGCACGAUGUCAAGUACGAUGCUCAUGAUGUUCUUGAAGAUGAAUUGCUUAGACAAGGUAUCAAGGAUUUCUCAAACUGGCCAACCAUACCCCAAGUCUUCAUAAAUGGAGAAUUUGUAGGAGGAUGUGACAUUCUUUUAGAAAUGCACAGAAAUGGCGAACUGGUGGCUGAAUUAAAAAAAGUAGGUAUUACAAGCGCAUUUUUAGAGAAGCAAGAAUCUCAAGAAAAGGAAGGCAAGGAUUAAGGAUGCUUGACUAUUUAGCGUGUUUGUAAUUUGUAAAUAAAAUGAUUGUUCGUCGAUGAUUAUUGAAUUUUGUUACAAUAAAAUUGUUUUCAUUUACAUGA